UGGCACAAAAAAGGUUGGGAGCCUCUUCUCUAGAUUACUGAAUACUAUUUUUUGCCACAUAUGCGACAUAUACUUCAGAUCAAACACAAACAUCUUCAUCAACUAGACACCAAAGUAAAGAUCUAAGAUACCACUUGAAACCGAAAUAAUUAUUUUUCAACAAAACCUGAGGUUUGAGGGCAUGCAAGGCAGUUUCUGCAUGUGGGAUGCUUGCGGGAAUACACCUGCAUGUAGGUUCAAAGAGAGAAAGUGAGACUGAGAGUAGGAAGCAUGCUUUCAUUGGGUCUUGUGUAAAACUGUACUUCAAAUAUGUUACAGAGAUUAUAUUUUAAUGUUUUCUUCAAAGUAGGCCUCGAUGACCUUUCUGCACAUUUCACAAUUUUGCAAAGACCAAAAAUGUUACUCGAUCAGAGCUUGAAGAGUUCUCUGGAGAUGGGACAGGCUGCCAGAAACAUGAUUUCUCAGAAACAUGCCUCAGCACAUUUUUCUAGAUGCUCCAGCGUAUGUGAGAUUAAGGUGACAGUUGUCAGAACCAUCAUCCAAAUGUGAGAUUUAUAGUUGCACAUUUUCUCUUUAAAAGAUAAAAAAAUGUGCAAAAAGUGAAUGGGUCUGAAAAGUUUCUCAUGUGAUUGAUACAGUACAUGUGGUUUAGACACAUGUAAAGACGAAGUGAAGCUGAUGAGGUUGAGAGAAAUGACAGAAAACUUAAAUAAAAUGUUCAGUGAGGACAAUGUGGUAUUUAGUUACAGGAACCAUAAGAUGAGGAGGGCAUGUGAAUAUAGGUGGGGAGCAGUCAAAGAUUUUGAGAUCGAAAGCAGGAAGCUGUGUGAACACACACAGAAGCAGAGCUUGUAAGAUUGUGGCUUUAUCUUUAUCUUUUCAGACCAGUUUGAGCCCACAGAACUCGCAACAUAAAGCUUGACUGAGUAAGAGGACGAUACAGCUUUUGUUUAGACUUCGCCUCAUCUUACCCACAGGUGUAAAAACACACUGAGGAGUCACUCUGAAAGGCACUAAAUGUCUAAUGGGGGAGAAAUUGGGUCACUACCAGAGGAAGAGCUGAACUAGAACAUUUUGGCUUUCAUCCUGUACACAGACAAGUAUUCAAGAUGGAGAGCACUGAGUCAUGGACAGCGUAUAAUUACACCGGUUUAGACGAUGAAGAAGAAGGCCUCUGCAACCUGGACCCCAACCCAAUGGAGGUCACCAUUCAAACCUACAUCCACGGAAUCAUCUGUGCCUUCGGCCUGAUCGGCAACCUUCUUGUAAUCAUCACCUACGUAUUCUACAAAAGAACCAAGACGAUGACAGAUGUGUAUCUGUAUAACGUGGCUGUGGCAGAUCUGAUCUUUGUAGUGGCUCUGCCUUUUAUUAUAUACAACGAGCAGCAUAGUUGGUUAAUGGGUCUUGCAGUUUGCAAGAUGCUGAGAUCAGCCUACAGCAUCAACCUGUACAGUGGAAUGCUUCUGCUGGCGUGCAUUAGUGGCGAUCGCUACUUCGCCAUAGUUCAGGCAAGAAGGUUUUUUGCGGCUCGCUCACGCACUCUGAUCUACAGUCGUCUUAUCUGCUCAGGUCUUUGGGUGAUUGCAGUGACUUUAACUGUGCCCACACUCAUCUACACUGAACGCUAUGAAGAGCACAAUCUAUGGUCUGUGUCUGUCACUGUGACUUGUCAAAUGACUUUCAGGACAAGUGAAAAAGCAAAGCUGAUGAAGGUGCUGGUUCCCAGCCUUCAAAUGGCAGUGGGCUUCCUUCUGCCUCUGGUGGUUAUGGUAUUCUGCUACUCCAGCAUUGUGUACACCCUGCUGAGAGCACAGAGCACCAAGAGGCACAAGGCUGUCCGCGUGGUCCUGGCAGUUGUUGUGGUCUUCAUUGUGUGUCAGCUUCCAUAUAAUGUGGUUCUUCUCUUUCAUACCUUGUCUCUUUUUAAGGAGAGGGAUUGUGAGGAAGAACAAUUUAGACUCCGGGUUCUGGCCAUUUCCCGGAGCAUAGCAUACCUCCACUGCUGUCUCAAUCCCAUCCUCUAUGCCUUCAUUGGCGUGAAGUUCAGAAAUCACUUCUGGCAAAUUAUGUUUGACCUUUGGUGCCUUAGUAAAAAAUAUAUAUACUCCGCUCGCUCAUCGCGUGCAACAACUGAAAUAUGCAUAUCAGGGUCCAAGCCUUCAGAAGGCUCCAACCACCUGUCGUCCUUUACUGCAUGACUGGGUUUAUGCCAAGGAAGCAGGAGCCUCUCACCUUCUCAAGUUCUGAUGUAGGUCAAAGAUGAAAGCAUGAGUGUCAUUUUAUAUAGGGUGAAUUUUAUAUGCAAAUAACUUUAGUAAAUAACAAAUAACUACAGUAUUUUUAUGUGUUUGUGUAGCUGUAGCUGCUUGUGUUCUAUGAGACUGAAUGAAGUGCACAAAAUAUUGUACACCCUGAUGUGUGAGAAGAUUCUGAAUUUUUAUCAUAAUGCAUUCUAUAGACUUAGAUACAUGCUGUCUACUAUCACAUACAUCUUGUGUGUGGCAGCAUAUACGCUUGCAGAUAUAUCAUGGUUAAAUGAUGGUUUCCUAAAUGAGAAUUUUAUAUUUUUUACACAUGCUUUGAGACCUAAGCCAAUGCAGAUUGUAAAGUCAGUUUUUGUUUGUGGUACUGACCUUUUUGAAAAUCCUGCUCCUUCAAUAAACUGUUUGUAUUGAU